AAUAUUGCAAUUAUCCUUACAUUGCUCUGUGACUAGGCAAGGAGUGCACUUUUUACAUUUAGUGUUUUAUUAUUGGUAUUAUAAUUAAUAAAAGUAUAAAAAUGAAUGCCCCUGUCUCUGGUCUCCCAGUGACCACGACUGUCAAUGUGGGCCCAAAUUCUGUGGGCAUGGUGUGCCCAUCCUGCAGAGCCACCAUACAGACCAGAGUCGAAAGCAAAGCAACAUCUAAGACCCACAUGAUAGCCUUAGUCCUCUGCCUUUGGGGUUGCUUUCCGUGUGUAUGGGUUCCAUACUGCACGGACUCGUGUCAGAAUGCAGACCACUACUGCCCUAACUGCCAAGCUUACAUCGGGACAUACGAGAACUAGUUCUUUAACUAGUUUUUUGACUCACGGAUGCGCUAAAGUCACGUCGCCAACAGUCAUCAAACAAUUGAUAUUGAAAUGUAUACCAGUAGCUAAAAUGCGCAACGUGGUAAAAUUUAGUCACUUUUGUCACUAUGGAAAGACUGUCAAUAAUAGUAUAAUAAUAUCGAUAGCAAAAUAAUAAUAGAGGGAUAAUCGAUUGGGCAAUCGAUUCCAUAGCUAAAUGAGCUCCACGCCUGUUUUCCCUAGAUAAUAUUUAAUAAAAAAUAUUAUCAAUCUUUCCUAUUUUCUCCAGGAAUAUACAUUCAUAAAGUGUCCCUAUAAAAAAGAAAAUCUGUCAAAAAUAAAAAGUACGCACUUUAUUUUUACUUGGGUACCUUACCUACAUACCUAGUUAUAUGAAAUAUGAACAAUUUAAUAAAGAUUACAUUUGUG